GCUCAGCGCCAAUGAGAGCCGUUGAGGAGUUUAAUUAAAGGGCGGGAACUCAUUCGCGCCUCUGAGGGCUACGGGCUUCGCGCGCGCGGCAGAGAGAAGGCUCGCGCGCUCCGGCUGCACUGGACUCGUUCGCCUCAGAUCUUCCGUCUUUAUCUUCUGACAGCAGCUGAGAGGAUGCGGGUUCGAGUGCUGCUGAUCCUGAUCCUCACAUCAGUAUUAAUCACUCAUGCUCAAGUGAACGUGCCCAGAAGGCUGCGUUUUAAAGAGCUGAGCUCCGACACGCUCGGCGUGAGCUGGAAGGAGCCGAAGGGAGCGUUUGACAGCUACAGACUCCUCUACAGCACUGAUUCGGGAGACGAGCGGGAGCUCACAGUCAGUAAAUCUCAGACUAAAGCAGUCAUCGCAGGCUUCGAUCGGAGGAAAGAUUACAGCGUGAAGAUCACGGCCGUGAGAGGAGAUCAGCAGAGUAAAGCGCUGAUGGGGAGGUACUCGGGGGGCUCGGGGUCAGAGGUGAGUGACCUCAGGGGUCAGCAGGACUCCAGCGGCCCUCAGGAGAAUGAGAUCAGUGAAGUGGACGUGUUCACGUGUAGAACUCCAGCCAUCGCCGACAUUGUGAUUCUGGUGGAUGGAUCGUGGAGCAUCGGCCGCAUUAAUUUCCGCUUGGUGCGGAUGUUUCUGGAAAGUCUCGUCAGGGCCUUUGCAGUUGGAUCUGAACACACACGUGUUGGUUUGGCACAAUACAGCGGGGAUCCACGGAUUGAGUGGCAUCUGAACACUCACAGCACUAAAGAAGCUGUGAUCGAUGCUGUGAAGAAUCUGCCUUAUAAAGGAGGAAACACACUCACAGGUCUGGCUCUGACGUAUAUUCUGGAGAACAGCUUCAAAGCUGAAUCUGGAUCCAGGCCUGAUGUUCCUAAGAUUGGGAUUCUGAUCACGGAUGGGAAAUCACAGGACGAUGUUCUUCUUCCUGCUCAGAGACUCAGAGAUGCUGGGAUCGAGCUGUUUGCCAUCGGAGUGAAGAAUGCGGAUGAGAACGAGCUGAGAGCCAUCGCCUCCCCGCCGGAGGACACACACGUGUAUAACGCGGCUGAUUUCAGUGUGAUGAGCUCCAUCGUGGAAGGACUGACCCGCAGCGUCUGCGAGCGUGUCUCUGAACUCAGCAGAGAGAUCAGCGGUGAGACAGAUACGUCUUCCACGGGGCCACCGAAUGCUCCCAGUAACCUUGUGACCUCUGAGGUCACGGCCAGGAGCUUCCGUGUGACAUGGACUCGUGCUACAGGCCCAGUGGAGAAGUACAGAGUGGUGUAUUACUCAUCCAGUGAAUCCAGACCCGAGGAGGCGGUGGUGAACGGUGACCAGAACUCUGUGGUGCUGAGGUAUCUGAACUCUCUGACCGAGUAUCAGAUCACUGUGUUCGCCAUUUACAGCAACGCAGCGAGUGAAGCUCUGAGAGGCAGCGAGACCACCUUGGCUCUGCCGACGGUCAGUGAUCUGGAGCUGCAUGACAUCACUCACAGCACCAUGCGUGCUCGCUGGAGGGCAGCAGAAGGGGCUUCUGGGUACAUGAUCCUGUACGCGCCUCUGACGGAGGGCGAGGUGGCAGACGAGAAAGAGGUUAAAGUGUCUGACUCCGUGACUCAGGUUGAACUGGACGGUUUAACUCCUGCGACCGAAUACACAGUGACUAUUUACGCCCUGUACGGAGAGGAGGCCAGCGACCCCAUGACCGCUCAGGAGACCACACUCCGUCUCACUCCGGCUCGUAACCUUCGCAUCUCAGACAUCAGUCACAGCUCCGCUAAACUCUCGUGGGACACGGCUUCUCGCAAGGUCAAAGGUUACCGCAUUGUUUACGUGAAGACAGACGCUGUGGAGACCCAUAAGGUGGAAGUGGGUCCGGUCACCACGCUGCUGCUGCGUAACCUGACCUCUCUGACGGAGUACACCGUCGCUAUCUUUGCCCUGUAUGACGAGGGACAAGCAGAACCUCUGACAGACAGCUUCACCACCAGUGAGGUUCCUCUGCCACUGAAUCUCCGCAGCAGGGACGUGUCCACCGAUAGUUUCAGAGUGACGUGGCAAAACGCUGCAUCUGACGUCUCCUUCUACAGGCUCACCUGGAAACCUGCAUCAGGAGGAGAGACCAAAGAGGUUCUCAUCAAUGAUAACUCAAACUGGUUUGUCAUCACGGGUCUGAAGCCUUUGACUGAGUAUGAAGUUUCUCUGUCUGCGAUCUACAGAGACGAGUCUGAGAGCGAUUUGGUGGAAAUCAGUGAAACUACAGUUGCCAGAACAACAACAGUUGCGACGACGACCGCCAGAACGACUACAGCCGUACAGCGCCUGGCCAUCAGGAAUCUGCAGCUGAGUGACGUGACGACCUUCAGCAUGCGUGUAUCGUGGGAUCCGCUGGGUCCAAGUGUGCGUCAGUAUCGAGUGUCGUACGUCAGCACACGAGGAGAUCGCGCCGAACAAACAGCGACGGUUCCCUCGGCUCAGACCUCUCUGCUGCUGCAGCCUCUGCUGUCGGACACUGAGUACCGGGUCAGUGUCUCUGCCGUCUACAGUGACGGCGACGGGCCGCCCAUCACACGCCUUGCCCGCACACUGCCGCUCUCUGCUCCCAGUAACCUGCGAGUGUCUGAGGAAUGGUACAAUCGCUUCCGUAUCAGCUGGGACACCCCGCCCUCACCCACCAUGGGCUACAGGAUCGUCUACCAGCCCACCUCAGCGGCCGGCCGUGCAUUGGAGACCUUCGUCGGUGAUGAUGUGAACACCAUGCUGAUCGUCAAUCUGCUGAGCGGGACGGAGUACAGUGUCAAAGUCAUCGCCACCUACACCACAGGAUCCAGCGAGGCCCUGAGCGGACGAGCACAAACACUGUAUCUGGGAGUGAGUAACCUCAGCACCUUCCAGGUUCGGACCAACAGCAUGUGUGUGCAGUGGCAGCCGCAUCGACAUGCAAACCUGUACCGCCUCGUCCUGCAAACACCCAAUGGUGAGAAACAGGAAGUGAAGUUGAGCGGCUCCACAUCCAGGCACUGCUUUAAUGACCUGACCCCAAACACACAGUAUACUAUCAGCAUUCAUGCUCAGCUGCAGGACACAGAGGGACCCGCCGUCAGCACCACCCAGAGAACAUUUCCUGUGGCCACAGCUCCGCCCACCACACCCAGCACCACUGCCCCCCCGCCCACUCUUCCAGCAACUAAAGAAGUGUGUCGAGCCGCUAAAGCGGAUCUGGUGUUUCUGGUGGACGGAUCGUGGAGUAUCGGAGAUGACAACUUCCAGAAGAUCGUCCGCUUCCUGUACAGCACCGCCGGAGCGCUGGACCGGAUCGGCCCGGAUGGGACACAAGUGGCUAUUGCUCAAUUUAGUGACGAUGCUCGCACUGAGUUUAAGCUCAGCUCAUACGACAAUAAAGAAAACCUGCUGGAUGCCAUUCAGAGGAUCUCCUAUAAAGGAGGAAACACAAAGACAGGUCGGGCAAUGCAGCACGUGAAGGACUCUGUGUUUUCGGUGGUGGGCGGAGCCAGAAGAGGUGUGCCAAAAGUUCUGGUGGUGAUGACGGACGGCCGUUCCCAAGACGACGUGCUCCAGGUUUCCCAGGAGAUCCAGACAGAAGGGUUCAUCGUGUUUGCCAUCGGGUUUGCCGACGCCGAUUAUGGCGAGCUGGUGAGCAUCGCUAGCAAACCUAGCGAGAGACAUGUGUUCUUCGUCGACGACCUGGAUGCUUUCAGAAAGAUCGAAGAAAAACUCAUCACCUUUGUUUGUGAAGCUGCAUCAGCCACAUGUCCAUCAGUACCAAUGAGCGGCAGCACUUUACCAGGGUUCAGGAUGAUGGAGAUGUUUGGUCUGGUGGAGCAUCAGUACAGCAGCGUGAGCGGCGUGUCCAUGGAGCCGGGGACCUUCAACAGCUUCAGCAGCUUCAGACUCGGCAGCGACUCGCUCGUCACGCAGCCCACCAGGUUCAUUCAUCCUGAGGGUCUGCCGUCAGACUACACCAUCACCAUGCUCUUCCGCCUGCUCCCAGAAACCCCGCAGGAGCCCUUUGCAUUGUGGGAAGUCCUAAACAGCAGCAACGAGCCGCUGGUGGGAGUCAUCCUGGACAAUGGAGGAAAGACUCUGACUUACUUCAACACAGAUUAUAACGGUGACUUCCAGACAGUGACGUUUGAGGGGCCGGACAUCCAGAAGCUCUUCUAUGGGAGUUUUCACAAGCUGCACAUCGCCGUCAGUAAGACGUCAGCUCUGGUGAUGGUGGACUGUAAACCGGCGGGAGAGAAGAGCGUGAACGCAGCCAGAAACAUCAGCACUGACGGAGUGGAGGUCCUGGGACGGAUGGUGAGAUCCAGAGGAGCCAAAGACAACUCUGCUCCGUUUCAGCUGCAGUCCUUUGAUAUCGUGUGCAGCACGUCUUGGGCUCGACGGGACAAAUGCUGCGAGCUGCCCAGCCUGAGGAAGGAGGCUGAGUGUCCUUCUCUCCCGCGAGCAUGCACCUGCACUCAGGACAGCAAGGGCCCCCCCGGCCCCUCCGGACCCCCUGGAGGCCCGGGCAUCAGAGGAGCCAGAGGAGAUCGAGGUGAACCCGGCCCUGUGGGUCCUGUAGGUCCAGUUGGGGACGCUGGUGUUCCAGGUGCUCAGGGGCCUCCCGGUCCCCCGGGGCCCAGCGGACGCUCCAUCAGAGGCCCUCUAGGGGCUCCAGGUGAGACGGGUCAGAAGGGCGACGCUGGUCCUCAAGGGCUGCAGGGUGUUCCUGGCUCUCCCGGGCCUGCAGGACGCGAUGGGCCUCCAGGACCGAGGGGUCUGCCGGGUCAAGAUGGACCUCAGGGUCGAGUGGGACCUUCUGGAACUAUAGGCGGUCCGGGAGCUCCAGGGGCACCUGGGGAAAAUGGCCCUCCAGGACCCACAGGAGACCAGGGUCCUCCGGGGCCACCGGGACCCAAAGGAGAGAAGGGUGAGCGGGGCGAAGUCCAGUCCACAGCUUCUGUCCAAGCCAUAGCCAGACAAGUGUGUGAGCAGCUGAUCCAGAGUCACAUGGCGCGGUACAGUUCUAUUCUGAACCACAUUCCCAGUCAGCCGGUGUCGAUCCGCACUGUUCCCGGGCCGCCAGGAGAGCCGGGCCGACAGGGGUCUCCAGGACCUCAGGGAGAGCAGGGGCCGCCGGGACGGCCGGGAUUCCCAGGCAGUAACGGGGAGAACGGUCAACCAGGAGCCCGAGGACCUCUGGGUGAGAAGGGAGAGAAGGGCAGUCCAGGUGUGGGAGUCCAGGGACCCAGAGGACCCACUGGACCGCCAGGAGCUCCUGGUGAAGGCAGAACAGGAAGUCCAGGUCCAUCUGGUCGCCCUGGUAACCCCGGCAGUCCUGGCAGACCCGGGAUUCCAGGACCGGUUGGUCCGCCCGGUCCACCCGGAUACUGUGACCAGAAUUCCUGCCUCGGCUACAACGUGGGAGAGCCGGACGUCGAUGCUGACCUCACUGACACAGAUGUUCCUGUAGUUCAACUUCCGCCCAGCUCCUACCAGCCGUACGGCCCCGAGGCCGAGGACGACGACCCCUACGGCUCCUACACCUCCUACUACCAGCCCAACUACCCCCCGCCGCGGCCCGUGCAGCCCGACGACCCCGUGAUAGAGGAGGGCGUGGAGGAGCUGCGCUCGCCCGGCAUGCAGCGGCACACACGCUAGACAGGACAGAUAGUGACAUAGAAACUCAGAACUAAGAGAAAAAGAGCCAGGAUUGUGAGGUGAAAGUGUGUGUGAGUUAUUAUAGGACGGCCUCUACCUAUUCGUGCUUAUAGAUGAGAUCUAUUAGUAGACCAGAUGAAAUUAAUCUUAUUUACAUACAUAUCGAAUACAUUUCAUAACAAAAGCAUUUGACAUUUUAAAAUGCUGUCCUGUUUAUGCCGUUCAGCACAGCGUUAGAUCUGACUCUGUGUCUGUCUGACUGAAUUAAUGUUCAUUUCUGUUUGUUUUUAAGAAGAUGUCUUGAAUAUAUUCACCGUGAAGUGUGUGCUUCGUUGUAGUUAUUUAAAUCUGUAAAGAAAGCAGUGGCAGGUGAGUUUUGAUGAUCAGGUUUGUUAUGAUUGAAUCAGUUCACUUACUUGAAUCAUUUCUUUCCAUCGGUCUGAUUGAUUCAGUCGCAGAUCCAGCGGUUUGUUUGCGUCGCUCAUUGCAAGAAAAACAAUCAGUGGGGAAAAUGCCAUGAUUUUUUUUAUUGUAUUGUACUUUUUUACACAUUUUAAUGCAUUAGAAAGAGUUGAGCUUAGGAGGAGUUUUAGGUAAUUUCAGCACUCAAGUAUUAUGGAGAAUAUUUCAUAUAAAACAGAUAUUUUCAAUAUAACAAUAUAUUUUGCUGCUCUUUAUGUUCUGCCUGUAUAAAUGACUGAUUGUCUGAGAUCUCUAAUUCUCUGAUAUCUUCAGCUUAAAGUGCCUCUAUAUCGACUGUCUAUACAGCGGGUUACAUAAGUAUUGAGUGCAUCACCUUUUGUCAAUAAAUGUCUAAAGAUGCCGUUGAAACUAAAAUUUCACCAGAUAUUGAUAACAACCCAAGUGAUCCAUACGUACAAAUCUGUGGACCUCGUCUAUGAACUCUGAUCUUCGUAUUUUCUAUUGGAUUGAAGUCAGUCGUUCUAGCAGCUUUAUUUGGGAUCCUUGUUUCAUCUUCAUCAUCCUGGAACGACUGAAGCAGCUAAUAUUAAUCUCUGCUGACUCGAUGGAUUUCUAAUCAGAUAUAUUUCUGCUGGAGUCUUUCCAUGGGGUUUUGCACCUCAAUUUCUUGAUGUGUUCAAUACUCCUUCCCUGCAUCAUUCCAUUUAUUAUGCAUUUCUGAACUUAUUCAUUUUGUUUUCUUGGUAUGUACGGAUACUUGUGUUGUUACUGAUAUAACUUGAUGUAAACUUCAAGUCAGCAGCAUCUUCCGGUCUUCCAGUAAUGAACUUCUUCUUCCGUUCCUCGUCCGUAUCUCACUUUCUCAAGCCAUUGUUGUUUUAUCUCCAGUUAUUUAUUUUAUCUCAAGUAUUUCUGUAUUUUUUCAGUAUUCAGCAUGUUUUUGAUCUAUCUUGUUAAACCGUUGUUUACAGUCAUUUCAUACGAGACAUGUUUCUAGGUUUGGUGUAAUGCUAUCUUGUGAUGAUCAGAUGUGUUCCUGUGAGAAUAUCAGUCUUGCUGUCAAAGGAUUUAAUAAAAAAAGAUAUAUAUUUAAAACAACUUGAAUUAUG